GUCCCUCCUGCUGGAAGCACCAGCCUUGCCCAGAUUUUUUUUGUCUCCUGUACUCCACUUGCCCUGACAGCAGCAGUGAGGUCCUUAGGAACACAAAGAGGACACAAUUAAGAGGUCUUUCUCUUAAUCUCUCCAGACUGUGUGACAGAAUCUAUGAGAUCUGGAAUAGGAAUAACUCAAAGCAACUGUCUCUGUGUGGAAGUAUUUCUCUUGAGCCCACUGCCUCCCUGUUUCACUACCUUACCUGGCACAGUCCCAUUGCAGCUCCAGCACCCUUGUGAAUCAUUAACAGGGUAAGUUCAGCUGCACCUUUCACAGCUUGUCCUUUCACACAGUUUUCUUUCCCAGCUCCCAAAUGUUUAAUUCAAACAAGGUACAGAGAGAGAAGAGUAAAAAAGGUUUUAUGUGAAUCUGCAUCUGAUGACAACAUGACAAGCAGCCAGCACAAUAGUAGGAAAGUAUGCCCUAUCUUUGCACUCAUGGUGGGCAAGCUUUGGGUCCUCUUUGCAACUUGUUUGUCCUUUGCUCUGGCACUCUACAGACAUCCCUGUUCCUGCUCUUACAGGCGGCAGUCUUUUUUGGGGCUUGGAAUUGGAGUUAAAAGUAUCUCUCAGUCUCUUUCAUUAACUUUCUGGACCUGUUCCUUUACUAGCAGCACCUGGUCACUCACACCCCUGGAAUAAACUGCCAUUUCCGUACUUUUUGCUGAGUGCAGGGUGGAGUUUUCUGGUUCUAGGCUGGUCAAAGUAGGCGGGCAGUGUAGAGCAGUCAGUCCUAGAGCUGAGAUGUACAUGAAGAGGACAGGAAAGGGCAGGCACGGGAUGUAGGUGGCACGUGUGUACGAGACCCCAGCAUGAAGGCAGAGCGCCUGUACAUGAACGCACAGUUGUUCGUGUGACUGCCUGGAGGCGUGGGUACCACAGCGCUGAACGUGUGUGAGCGCAGCUUUGCUCGAGUCAGGUCUGGUGGUGCUUCAAGAGGACUUGUUAAGGUCCCUUGCAAUCAUGGUGAAGUCUAGAAGAGUACAGGUGCUCCUGAUUCUGGUAGUUCUGUCCUUCCUUCUGAUCCACUUCCUACCCUGCAGCAACAAUGCCCACAUGGAAGAAAAACCUUCUCCUGUCCACAUCCUCAUUCUCUCCUCCUGGCGGUCAGGAUCCUCCUUCACGGGACAAAUCUUCAGCCAGCACCCCAGCGUUUUCUACCUGAUGGAGCCUGCAUGGCACGUUUGGGUUAAGAUGUACCAGAACAGUGCCAAAGUCUUACACAUGGCAGUGCGGGACUUAGUCAGGUCAGUCUUUCUGUGUGACAUGUCUGUGUUUGAUGCUUAUAUGUCUAGCCAGAAGAAAAAGUCUGAUUUAUUUCAGUGGGAGACAAGCCGAGCCUUGUGCUCCCCACCUGCCUGUGACUCAUUCAGUCGCAGCGACAUAAUCACUGCAGGCAAUUGCAAAACAAUCUGUGGCAAGUACCCAUUCAGCAAGGUGGAGGAAGCUUGUAAAACCUAUAGCCACGUUGCCAUCAAAGAAGUUCGGUUCUUCGACCUGAAAGUUCUCUAUCCUCUUCUCACUGAUCCAUCCUUGAACCUCAAGAUCAUUCACUUGGUACGUGAUCCUCGGGCUGUGUUCAGGUCCCGAGAGAAUACAAUGGCAGACCUGAAACGUGACACUAACAUCGUUGUGGGGUCUCAGAAGACAAAGGGAGAAAUGGGGCCCUACAACACAAUGCAAGUAAUCUGCAAAAGCCACGUUGAGAUCUACAAGGCAGGAAGUCAGGCUGCUCCAAGCUUCCUGAAAGACCGGUAUCUGCUGGUUCGCUAUGAGGACAUUGUCAGAGACCCGUUAGCAAGGGCUGCUCAGAUGUACAGGUUUGCAGAACUCCAUUUCACACCAGAGCUUCAGAAGUGGGUCCACAACAUCACCCAUGGGAAAGGUCAUGGAGCACAGGCCUUUGAUAUUGGCUCGAGAGAUGCACUGAGAGUAUCCCAGGCAUGGAGAAAGACACUUCCUUUCAAAAAAAUAGAGAAGGUGCAAAAUGUGUGCAAAGAUGCAAUGGAUUUGCUGGGCUAUCGGCUUGUUCAGUCUGAAGAAGAGCAGAAAAAUAUGUCUCUGGAUCUUUUGUUUGCCCAGAACACCUCUGAGCAUCAAAUUUUGAAGGCAGAAAAGCUGGUCCCUACACUUACUCUCUGAAGUGCUGAACUAGAGCAAAAGAGGACAGAGGUACAGGCAUAGAAGCGCAGGAGUGUGUGCAUGGAUGCAAGGGCAAGUGGUACAAGAACCCUGACUACAUUCAGGAGAGCUCUCAGAAGCACACGGUCACUCUCCAAGACCCCUGGGGAUUCAGCCACAAUGGAGGCUAAAGUAAUGCAAGUCUGUUUUCCAAAUUAAUUGUUUAGGUUGGAGCAUACAGAAUGCCAAAGGAGUAGGACCAAAUAACAGAAGCUCAAACCCCCCACAGACCACAGCUGAAGACUAGGGAAACCACAUAGAGCAAUUGCACUUCAAAGAUGAAAUAUAAAAGGAAGCUGAAUGAAGAAAACAUUACUUGACAUGCUGCCAUGCAGGAUACGUAGUGCCAGAAAAAAACGCGAGGAUGACUGGACAUUUGGUUUCUGGAAAGAUGUUGGGUUUUGUGGGUUGUUUUUUGAAUGGUUGAGUUUUCAAAUCCAGUUUUCCUUUUGCUCCACUCGUGUGCCUGAGUAUCCAGCCUUGGUGGCAAAGGUGGGGAAAUGUUUGUGUUCACUUACUGUAUAGUGGGAAAAUGGAAUAAACCAGCUAUUACUGAAAAUAAAAACUCCUCGGCUUUCAUGUGGGAAACCAUUUCUGGGAUUGUGUGAACCCAUUUAUUUUGUAGCUGAAAUAAUUCUGUCUUCCUGCUUUCAAACCCAAGAACAGUUGUUUUCCUGGGAAUUCCCACAGUCCACAUGGGUGGCAGAAGAAUUCACGCUAAGGUUGAAAUCCUAAAGACAAGGUAAAGACACAAAUUUCAUUGGCAUAUAUACUGAAACUGAGAAGAUAGGUUAAUGGGAGUGGAUUGAAGAAAACAAUAGAUCAGGAAGUUAUCCUAUUGAAAUAUUUCGUGAGAGUAUUUCUUGUCUUGGAGCACAAAAAAAAAUAUAUUUAAUGGACUAUGCCAUUCUCCACUGUCUCCAUUGGAGAUGCCAUUCUCCCACCUCCAAUGGGAAUAUAGAGUUCAAACCUGAACAACAGAAUUGUUUUCACCUGGUUUUAAGUGUUCCAGAAGACACUGAGAAAAACUUGCUACCAGAUUUGGGGAGGAGUGAAAUGCCUACAGAUAGCUAUUUCUGAACAACUUCUUUCACGUGUAUACAAAUAUGACUGCUCCAGGCAAUACUAGAAAGAAACUUCUUUGAGCUACAAAAAGAACCUUCCUGACCUUUUGUGAUAGUACAGAAACCUGAUACGAAUAUGGAAACCCAAACUGUCUCCAGCAUGUUGAAAGGAAGAUAACUGUGUUGUAGAGCAGUUUUGCUAAACAAGACCAUUGCAACACUAUGGUGCUGCUGAGAUGUGUACACAGUCCAAGCUAGAAGGGGAAUUUUCAGCUGUGAGAGGUGACAGCUGUUCAUGAACCUGGUCAUCAGCAAUCUUGGAUAUCAAACCAAGCUGGUAACAUUUCUAAU